UAAUUUGUCGAAGGCUUCCCUCCGGACUUCAGGAGCACAUACUAGAGCUUCACCGGGAUCUUUGCAAAUCACAAGUUGGAUCAUGCCAAGACCAAAUGAAGCAGUCGUUUGUUUGUAGGUCUUUAUCCUGCUGAAGAACAUGUAGAACCUCUUCACUACUUUGUCCACUGUCUGAUUUGCUGAACUGAUUCUGGCUAAAGGAACAAAUGGAUAAAGCUGUAGAAGAUCUAAAUUUGUCCUUUCUGCUGGAGCAUGAAAGGGAAACUAUCCUGAAGGUGCUGCAGAAAGAUGAGAAGCUGAGGAAACGUGAGGAAAAAAGGAUAAGAAAGUUAAAAAAUGACCUUCUGGAAAUAAAGCGAAAAGGUUCCCGUCGCCUGCAGGACUCUGAGGAACGGCAAUGCGCUCGCUGCCUCAAGACAUUAGGCCUGAUCUUUGACCGUGGUGAUCUCUGUGAGGAAUGCCAGCUUCGUGUUUGCAGUGAAUGUCGCACCACUACUGCCGGCUCACGCAGGUGGCGAUGCAACGUUUGUGCUAAGAUCUCGGAGCUGAAGGUGGUUACUGGAGAGUGGUUCCUAGAAGAACGGUCUAGACGCUUCGAGCAGAAAGCACUAAGCAGUGACGUAAUCAAGCAGUCCAUCCUAAGCACCCCACCUACUGCAGAAAAGAAGUCUACUGAGAACCUGUCAGUGUCCUCUGAGCCAGAGAGACCCGACACGCCAAAAUCCAACAGAAAUGCCGUCCGCAACAUCAUGGAUGGUGCCAAGAAGAAGGGACGUAUGAAGAUCGGUAAGAAAAACAGCCGUGCCACCCUGAAACCAGGAAACAGAGUCGACAGUUCCAGCCUCAGGUUAUCCUCAGAUGGAGAAACUCAAAGUGUUCGUUCUGCUCAGAGUCAGCAUUCAAACAGGGGUGUUGCAGUGGCUUUAGAGUCCUCUGGAUUGCCAACGCUCCCCAACAAUCUGCGUUCCCAAACUCCGGAUAAAUCACCCAACUCCACCAACAACAGGAGGGUCAGGCCUGACGGAGCAGAAAGCGUCGCCAGUGUUCGCUCCAGUGAGUGUCUGUCUGAAAAGGAGGGGAUGGGACAUCAUCGCACCAACUCAGACACUCCGACCAUAUCUGUUUCCCGCGCUUCUGUGUCAUCGGAUCACAGCCGCUCAGAGAUGGACCUGUCAGCUCCAGGAUCAGAACACAGCGACGACGCCCUCAGCCUCAGAAGCCGCUCAGUCCCCGGGCUCAAUGAAGCGGAGUUCUCUGACGAGGAUGCAGAAGAAGACAUAGACGCCCUGAUGUCGGCACACAGUCUCAGUAGGGGCGGAGGCCUCAGCAACGCUGCAUCAAUGUCCUCCACUCCCGGCACAGAAAGGCGGUGGGGGUACCUUAAUGUCCCCGACUCGGAUGCAGAGACUAGCAGCCUAAACAGCAUGAUGAGCAUGUACAGCGAGACCGGUGACUACGGAAAUGCCAGGGUGAGUGGCGAGAUCCUCCUGAACAUCAGCUACAGCUACAAAACUGGUGCCCUGAAUGUCCUUGUGAAAAAGUGUUACAACCUGGCAACCGGAGAUGAGAGGAGGCAGCGCACAGACGCAUAUGUGAAAACGUACCUGCUUCCUGACACAUCACGCCAGAGCAAGAGGAAGACAAGCAUCAGACCCAACACCGUUAACCCUGUUUUCAAUGAGAACCUGAGAUACGUGAUCAGCCACUCGCAGCUGGAGACCCGAACCCUGCAGGUUUCUGUGUGGCACCAUGACCGGUUUGGAUACAACAGCUUCCUGGGAGAAGUGGAGCUGACCUUUGAUUCCUGGGAGUUUGACUCUCAGAUAGAGGAGUGGUACACUCUGCAGCCCAGGGUAGAUAGCUGCAACGACGCCGCGAUGCAGUACAAAGGAGAGUUGACUGUCGUGUUGAAGUACAUACCUGCAGAGAAGAACCUCAUGCUUCCUCUGGACCAGGUUCAAGUGAAGAAAAGCUUCCUCAAAGGCAAAAAGACGAGCAGUUUUAUGCUGCCUAAAGGGGGCAUGGUUGAGCUGUUGGUAAAAGGGGCCAAAAAUCUGACUGCUGUCAAGUCUGGAGGCACAUCGGAUCCAUUUGUGAAAGGGUACCUCCUACCAGACAAUAACAAGUCUACCAAGCACAAAACAGCGGUGGAGCGACGCACCGUGAACCCACAGUGGAACCACACCUUCACCUACUGUGGCCUGCAGGAUGGAGACCUAGACAACAUCUGCCUUGAGCUGACUGUGUGGGACAAAGAGGCUUUGUCCAGCAACGUGUUCCUGGGAGGAGUCAGGCUGGGAGCUGGGUCAGGAAAAAGCUAUGGGAAAGAGGUGGAUUGGAUGGACUCCUAUGGGGAAGAAAAGGAGGUUUGGCAACGAAUGGUUGAAAACCCAGAGGUACCUCAAGAGUGUACGCUGAUGCUGCGGUCAAGCAUGCGCAAGUGUAACACAUGAACUUUAGCUGAAGCACAACUGCAACAGUGGAUUACAGGGAGGAAAGCGAAGGAAGUGGUUUGAAGUUAUGGGGAGUAAGCUGGAGAGGCAAAUCGGUCGAGAAGAAAAGCAAACAGUGACUUUAAUGAGACCAUCUCCCUCUGUACUUUCCUUCUUGCUCAGAUGUCCUCUCCUGCCCCCCACAGCCGGUCAUGCCUUACUGACUCACCAACACAUCCACCACUUUUCUCCCCAAGCAUCUGUCUUGACCAAACACUGCUACCGUUUACUGCUGUUCGUAUUUAACUUACUGUAACUUCUAGAUAAGCACAUGGUGAUCCCCAAUGUCUCUGUUCUCGUCUCAUCUGUGGGCCGUUUCUGCAUGUAGUAGCUGCUAAUUGAGGCGUUUAAAGUUGUACUAGAGGAGGCAUUGGUCAAUAAUGUAUGUGAACAUUCCCUUUUUUGGCAACCAAGCCAAGUUGCUUAUAAAUAUAGAUAUAGCUCAUUGCCAGAACUGCAUAAUGAGGGGAAAAGCAGCAAGGCCUUUUGAAAGAGGACAAAUAAUAAAAGCUACCCAUGUAACAGUGGCAUCAAACCAUGAACCAGAGAGGGUGACUUUCCCUUUCCCUCUAUGACUUCCAUCCAUUUAUUUACCCUUAAUGCUAAUUAAGAAGAGCUCCAUGCUGUAAAUAAUGAUGUAAACACAGUCAAUUAGGAGGGAGUGGUGUAGGGCUUGGAACCCUGAGGUUCUGAGUUCGAGUCCCACUCCCACAGACUGCCACUCUGGGCAUCGAGCCCACUCUGAUUACUCCCCGGAUGCCCCAUGAUGGCAGCUCCCUGCUCCCCAAAGGGGAUGGGUUAAAUGCAGAGGUAAAUUUCUUCAAUGUGACAUCAAUAAAGUUAAAUUAUUGUUAUUGUUGUUGUUAAUUAAAAUUAUCUGCAGGCUGAAAUAACUGGACAUGAGCCUUUCCUUAAAUAGGUUUCUGUGCUUUAGCUGGCUGUUAUUUUGUUUCUUUUAUACGCUUUAUAAUUGAAUUAAUAGUGGUUUAGAAACCACCAUGUCUGAAAAUACAUUGAGGUUGGCUGCUUUUCCCCUCUGGUUUAAUGACAAUAUAUCAAAUGUGGCACAAACUCUUGUCUGAUUAGAACAUUUAGACUAGCUUCUUUGUAAAUUUACAUAACACUGUAUCAGUGUGUUCAUAUGAAUUGCAUAUCAAGGUAUAAACACAAAAAAGCUACAUAAAGCACUGAUGCUGCUAUCACUUUACACCUAGAGGAGAAAGUGUGAUCUGCAGUGUUCUCAGGAACCCUGAGCCGGGUCUGUGUGUUACAGAGUGAGUCAGCACCGACGUGAGCAGCCAUUAUCUCAGGGAGGGGGGGCCGAUAGUGAGCCACAGAUAGUCAGACGGUGACCUUGUCAUUGCUGCGAUCAUUUGUCCUGUGAUGACUGCUGAAUAUAAAACCUUUAUGAAAUUUGACAUCUCAUGUAAAAUGCCAGUUAUAUUCUCCGGGUCUCUGUAAAUCAUCUGCUCUAAACUCCCAGUUAGAGAUAUGAAGUAAUAAUACCCAUAAUUCAUGUGCUGACCAUUUCGCAUGACCAAAAAAGAUCAUGCAGUUUCUCAAUACAGAGGAAACCCUUUCUGUGCCGCAUGUGCCCUUUUUGUUUUGUCUGGUUUUGACCAUUAAAACUCACUCCUCAACCUUA